UGAAACCUUCACGAAAGUCAUAUGUCCCGUCGCACCGCGACUUCAUCGUAGAGUUUCGUGAGGGAGAUUUUGCCUCUGGGUUGAAGAGCUUGAAGGCUUUCAAAGCUGGUCAGAAGCUCGCGCCGCUAACGGGCCUGACGAGAGGAAAGAAAGCAUACACCACCGUCCAAUGUGGUCCCGGUCCGGAAGAUCACAUCGAGCUGAACAGCGACCUCGUUUACAGUAACCACUCUUGUGAACCAAACGUCGCCUUCGACCUGUCGUCUCCCGAUCCGACGAAAUGGCACCUCCGGGCGCUGAAGGACAUCGCAGCAGGAGAAGCAGGAACCUUUUUCUACCCGAGCACCGAAUGGGACAUGGAUCAACCUUUUAGGUGUGCAUGUGGGAAGCCGGCAUGCCUGAGGACAAUCCAAGGGGCGAAACACUUACCGAAGAAGGAACUUGUUGCGCGUGGGUUCGUCAGCCCGUGGAUCUUGAGAUUGGCGGAAGAGCAGGAAGUUAGGUCGUCGCAAAAGGACCUGAGUCGAUUGUAGA